UAAAAGAUAGAUAGAUAGAUAUAGAUAUAGAUAGACAGAUAUAUAUAUUUCCUUUUUCUUCUUCAUCAUCUCCUUCUUCUUCUUCAUUUCAUUUUAAAUUAUCAGUUUAUGUGUAUAUAUAUAUAUAUAUAUACAUUCUCAUUAAUUAAUUAAUUAAUUAACGUGCGUUCUCUUCUCCGGCGUCAAUUCUCAAUUCCUUUGCCAUGCGUGGCUUCCUCCGUCGUCAUCUCUGCUAGGGUUUGCUUUCUCCGAUCUCCGCCGCACCACCACCACCACCGCAGAGAUGUCGCGCCAGUCGACGUCGUCUGCGUUCACCAAAUCGAAGACGCUCGAUAACAAAUAUAUGCUGGGAGAUGAGAUUGGGAAAGGAGCUUAUGGUCGAGUGUACAAAGGUUUGGACCUGGAGAAUGGAGAUUUUGUUGCAAUUAAGCAAGUUUCUUUGGAGAAUAUUGCUCAGGAGGAUCUUAACAUCAUUAUGCAAGAGAUUGAUUUGUUAAAGAAUUUGAACCACAAAAACAUUGUAAAGUAUCUUGGAUCCUUAAAGACAAAGAGUCACCUGCACAUAAUUCUUGAGUAUGUGGAGAAUGGCUCACUUGCAAAUAUUAUCAAGCCAAAUAAAUUUGGACCCUUUCCAGAAUCAUUGGUUGCUGUUUAUAUUGCCCAGGUGUUGGAAGGCUUGGUUUAUCUGCACGAGCAAGGUGUUAUCCAUCGGGAUAUUAAGGGUGCAAACAUAUUGACAACUAAAGAGGGUCUUGCCAAACUUGCUGAUUUUGGUGUGGCUACAAAAUUAACAGAGGCUGAUAUUAAUACUCAUUCAGUUGUUGGAACACCAUACUGGAUGGCCCCAGAGGUUAUAGAAAUGUCCGGGGUUUGCGCAGCUUCUGACAUUUGGAGUGUUGGCUGUACGGUUAUUGAACUUCUUACAUGUGUUCCUCCUUACUAUGACUUGCAGCCUAUGCCAGCUCUUUUCCGAAUUGUACAGGAUGAGCAACCUCCAAUUCCGGAUAGCCUUUCACCUAACAUUACUGACUUUCUGCAUCAGUGCUUUAAGAAGGAUGCAAGACAAAGGCCUGAUGCGAAAACGCUGCUGUCUCACCCCUGGAUCCUAAACUGUAGACGUGUCCUGCAGUCUUCUCUUCGUCAUAGCGGAACAUUAAGGAAGAUGCCUUGUCUUGCAAACGUUAGCUAUUGCUUACAGAUGGUGAACUGCCAUAGUAGCAAUUGUUGGCCAAGUAGUCCAACAGUUUUCAUAUUAAAAUUUAAGAGAUUUUAUCUCUGUUAAUCUGCAUGAAAAGUUGAAAGUUAUGACACUACUGUUGUUUCGUGAGUGAAAGUCUAUACCUUGAAUUUGAGAGCAACAACAACAUUGCUUUUCCAUCUAAAAGUUUGUUUGGACUUUGAACAUCUAAUUAAGGUUCCAUACGUGGUCAUGGUCCAACCUUUUCCCUUUCUCCCCUGAUAUAUGUGGGGAAAUUUCAGAUUUAAAUUGCCAUUUGUGUUAUCUUUGAUUGGUGGCCAAGUCUUUUUGGCAUAGGAUUCUUGCAUGCUUGGGAUGCAUGUGUUAUCCAGGAUUGGCAACACUCG